CAAGCCUGUCUACAUUCCAGAUAGACCAAAAGAAUGGAAAGCAAGAGAACCACCAGAGUUUGUGCGAGAUGUUAUGGGUUCUAGUGCAGGGGCUGGUAGUGGGGAGUUCCAUGUCUACAGAGGAUACAGACGCAGAGAGUAUGCCCGACAAAUGUAUAUACAGAAAAAAGCAGAACAGGAGGGCAAUGAAAUUGAGUUUCAGAAGAAAUUGGAGGAAAACCAAAGAAAAGCUGAAGAAAGAACAACAAAAAAGCGGGAGAAAAGAUUGAAAAAGAAGCAGAAGAUGCUUCAGAAAAAAAGGCAUGGACCAGAAAAAGGAGAAAAUAAUGGAGACAGAGAAUGCUGUGAUAGUAAAACACCUCGGAGUGGACAAAAGCAUGACAAGGAUGAUGACGACUUUGGUGACGAAGAUGAAGAUGAUGCAGAAAAGAACUGUUUCAUUAUUUGUGGGCAAUAGAAUAGAUUUUUGUUUGUUUGUUUAUUUGUUUGUUGGGUUGUUGUUUGUUUGUUGGGUUGGUUGUUUUUGUUUGUAUGUGGGUUGCUGCUACAGGAUGCUGAAAAAUUCAUCCGAAUAAAAUUGGUCAUAAAACUAA